ACGGCCAAAACACCUUCUUCAACCUCCCCUAAUUCAAAAACACAUUUCACGUAAGCAAAUCUCCGUACAACAUGGCGGUGAUGAACGGUGGCGCAGAGAAGCCUCACGGCGGCGUAUUAUCGCCGGAAAAAGAAACCGCAGAAACCGUAGAAAACUCUACAUCUAAACCUGACGAAAAAAUUUCAACCGAAUUAGGAGAUGAUGUAACGCUGUACGGCGUCUCCGUACACCUCAUCGAAUCGAUUUUGAAUCAGAAUUCAGGUUCUCCGAUGGCUUCACGGAUUAAGAAAUCGUUCGUUGAGGCGGUUCCGAUGUUUCGUAAGGCGACGGUGAACACGCGGCGUGAGGUUGUUCAGUGGACUCGCGGUAGUCCGAUUCGCGCUCUUCUGGUUGUUUCUGCUGGGAUAGUGACUCUCUUAGCAUUGACAGGAAUGCUGGUGUUUACGGUGGUGUUUCUUGCAGCAACUGUGAAUGCAAUUGUGAUCUCUCUUCUCAUCUCUUUGGCAGCAGUUGGUGGCUUCUUAGCUAUUUUCUUUGCGUGUAUGACAACAAUGUACAUUGGCUUGUUGUUCGUCACUGCAUUCGUGACAUUCACCGUAACCAUCUCAUCAAUCAUAGCGGCUUUAGUCGCUGCAGGCUGGAUUGGGUUCAUCUGGAUGAUUUGGCUGGCAGCGUCGGAAGGUGCCAGAAUGGUGAAGCGCGUCACGUAUGCAGCUAAUGCUUCUGGUCAGCUCAACCCUCGCACCUUUUAAAUACGUGCUAGUCAUGUUUCCGUGAGUCGAAUAAACAAGCUCAGUUUCCAAAAUCUAUAGCCUUUCUGUAUAUGAUAUUGGUUUUAGCCUCUUAGGUGUCCUUUCAUCUUCAACACUUGCACACGUAUUUAUAUUAAUAAUUUAUAUAAAUAGUGAUCUAGUGGAUUAAACUGAUU